AUUACAUUUCAGUCGUCGAUUCGAGGUCGAGGGUUUUAGCUCUAUACACGGAAUCAAUCAAAAGGUACUUGUUUUUCUUGCGUGUCUUCCUCCUUAAACCUCAGAAAAGAAGAAGAAGAAGAAGAAGAAGAAAGUUGAAGUCUUUAGGGAUGAUGGCUAUGUUCGUGAGACGAGCUCUAUCUAGUCGUAACGCGAUUGGGUUUCUCAGAAGAAGCUCCGUUGUUGUUCAAUCUCGUGAUUUCUCCUUCAUUUCUUCACCCAAUCUCAUGAUGAUGGGAGGCCGAGAUCUGCAAUUCGAUUUGUCCAUGCCCGAUUUCCUCAGAGAUUCUCGUCGAGGCUUUGCAAAAGGCAAAAAAUCAAAGGACGAUUCAGGAACAGGGAUGGUCGACGCAGCUCCAGAUAUCGGACCUACCGUGAAAGCAGCAGCCUCUUCUCAAAUGGAGGCAGCCAUUGAUGCAUUGUCCCGGGAUUUAACUAAAUUAAGAACCGGAAGAGCCGCUCCAGGAAUGCUUGAUCAUAUUGUUGUUGAAACGGGAGGAGUAAAGAUGCCACUCAAUCACUUAGCUUUGGUCUCUGUCUUGGAUCCUAAGACUCUCUCUGUCAAUCCUUAUGAUCCCGAUACGGUCAAAGAACUUGAGAAAGCAAUAGUCGCGUCGCCAUUAGGAUUAAACCCGAAACUGGAUGGGCAACGACUGGUCGCAUCUAUCCCAGCAUUGACCAAGGAGCAUAUACAGGCAAUGUGCAAGAUUGUUACAAAGUCCAGUGAAGUUGUCAAACAAAGCAUAAGAAGAGCGAGGCAAAAGGCACUGGACACGAUAAAGAAAGCAGGCUCGAGUCUACCAAAGGAUGAAGUAAAAAGACUGGAGAAGGAAGUAGAUGAGUUGACGAAGAAAUUUGUGAAGUCAGCAGAGGACAUGUGCAAGUCCAAAGAGAAAGAGAUCACCGAAGCCUGAUUCAUCAUUCCUAUACAUCACUAGUCUUUUCACGCUACCUUGAAAGAAUCUUUUAUUCAUUACCAAGAUUUGUUUUCAACUUUUGAAUGUUUGAUUUGGGGAUCUUGGAACUGCAAGAAAAUUGAUGAUGAAUAGCGAUGGAAGGCCCUUCAAAGGGCCCAAGAAAGGCCUUGAAAGAAUUCCAAUAAUUAUGAUGUUAUUUUUCGAGUUUCAUAUAUAGUAGUACUAAUUGGCUUUUGUAGUUGAAGAGAAGUUUCCAAACUUGAAAACCAAGGCAAGGGGGGAAGAGGUAGGAGAUGAGUCAAUUAGUUUACCAAUAAUUUGACAUGAUAGUGAAAUUGAUGUGUUUGGUAAAUUUGUUACAACCCCAUUAAUCUAAUCUUUUUUUUUGUACUUGUUGCAAAGAA